AUGCACCGGAAGCGACAUGACCUGAUCCAGCUCCACGAAUUGCGCAUUUCUCCAGGGGAUCUCAAGCCGCAGAACAACGCGGUGUUCAUCAAACCAGUCGAGGAUCAUACCCUGUCACCACUGCCCGAGGCCGGAGCUGUUUCCAGCCCCGCAACGACCGCAAAGUAUGGCAACUCCUGCUCGCCCGUCAGUGACAGUGUCGCCUUCGUCGGCAGACCAGAGUAUCUACCAGGAGAAUUCGCUGCAGAAGGAGAAUCGGACCGCGAUCCCCCCAAAAGCUCGAGAGGAGAUGCCGAAAUCUCGUAUUUACAGUCGUUGAAGGCAUUUGACUUCCCCCCGAGACCGGUACGGGACGGCCUUAUCGACAAUUUUCUCAAGGUCUGCAGUCCUUGGAUGCCGGUCGUGGAGAUAGAGGAUCUCAAGCUCCAAAAUACCGGGACCGGACAUCCCGCUCAGACGCAGGGAGGGUCGCUACUCCUCACUCAAGCUGUUCUCAUCGCAGGUAGUCGAGUGCAACCUCCAAGCCGGUUGCCGAAUAUCGACUGUGCGACUUUCUACAACAAGGCCAAGGCGUUGUUCUUCGCAGAUUUCGAGCCAGACCCCUUGAACACGAUCAGUGCACUGUGUUUGAUGCAAUGGUACAACCCAAGCGGACCGGAGCACGUCUCCAUCCACUCCAGCGGCUUCUGGCUCAGGACUGCCGUCGGCCUGGGCUUUCAGAUAGGUUUGCAUCGAGAACCAGACCCACAAUCGCCCAAGUGCAAGUUGCGACGCAGACUGUUCUGGACCCUCUUUUCACGAGAUUGUCUGCUCUCCAUAGCUCACGGGCGUCCUCGAGCCAUCAAUCUGUUUGACUGCAAUAUUAGCCUACCCACCGUUACCGACUUUCCUCAAGACAACAAGAAUGCUCGGCUGUUCAUUGCAUACGUCGAGAUUUGUUCGAUCCUCGGGCAAUGUGGCAAAGCCUUGAGUGGAGGCUAUUCUCAUUGGGCGCCGGUAGAGGUUGGUCGGAGUCUCCAGCGCUGGAUCUCCCAACUUCCCGAGUGCUUGAAGCUCAACAACGCCCUUGACUAUGAUUUUGAAGUGCGCCAGCUAUACUUGAUCUACUUCAGCGCUGUUUCCAUCCUUUACGGACCCGGACGCUCUGGAAAUUGUACAUCAGUGGCCCCAAUCCUCGCCUCCUCGUGUGUUGCCCGGAUCUUCGAGGAUUUCUUGGCUCGUGACCAGCUUCGAUGUCUCGCCCCGAUGACCAUAUUUUACCUCAGAGUGGCCGCUUUGCCGCAGCUAUGUUGCUUCAACUUCAGCUCACUUUGGAACAUCUCCAAACUUGAGUUGUCCGUCAUUCAAAAAUCCCUACAUGAAAUGGCAAAGACCUGGCACUCUGCACGCCGGGCCUUGCGGAUCCUGACCAGCCUCGUCAAUACUGUAAAACGUGGACAGGAAAUACAUCGACCUUUGACGGAUCUGGAUCUCUCCCCCGAACAGCUGUCGUUCUUUGAAAUGGUCCCCUCAGAGUUGUGUCCGAAGAAGCAUAUCAUUGAGGCCGCCGUGGAAGCUGCACGAGUCAAUUCGCAGGAUAAAGCCAAUGCCCCAUUCCAGGGUCCUUCUGUUCUCAUAAACCCUAAUGGCGUGAACCUGAGAUCUGACUCAGCCACAAUCUGCGACAGCACCACGAGGGAGCCAACAAUGGCUGCCCCAUCAAGGUCUUUGUCGGCUGCCUUAGGUACCUCAUCUGGAGAGAUGCAAGAAUGUACAAUGACAGACUCAUGGUUCACAAGCGACAACGGUGGCUGGACGGGCGUCGACGAAGCAAUGGGACCAGGACUUGACUUUGACGAUGACGACUUUUUUCUGUCAGUUCACGAAAGGCUUUUGCAGGACUUGAGGUGA